AUGGUCAGGGUUGUCACCCACAACGGAUCACUGGCCUCCACCGCCAGCAGCGUGGCCAAGGGGGUCAGCGCGAUGCCUCAAAGCUACCAGCGCACCGGCCGCUACCAGCGCCGCUCCGUGCGCAUGGCAUCAAGCGCCAGCCUUGCGGCCGGCGGUGGCGGCAGCGAUGGGGUCGGUGGCGGGAAGGGCGGUGGUGGCGGCGGUGGUGGCGGUGGCGGCGGCAGCGGCGGCGACAGCAGCGGCGCCGAUGCAGACGGCGGCAAGCCCGAUCCUGCGGUGACCGCCGCGCUGCUGGCCCUGGGCCGCAGCCUGGCGUCGUUUCCCGCCGACUUUGCCGCCGCAAUCAGCUCUGGCAAGGUCAACUUGGAGAUCCUGCAGCGCUACCUUGAUCUGGAGUCAAAGCUUGGCAUCGGGUGGCUCAUGCAGUUCGCGGGCUUCCGCGAGCGCUUCCUGGCGGACCCCUCUUUCCUGGUCAAACUCGCCAUCGAGUGUGGCAUCGGCGUGUGCACCAAGAUGACUGCUGAGUACACCAAGCGAGGGGAGUCCUUCAAGAAGGAGCUUGACUUUGUGGGGGCCAACGUGCUGAUGGCCAUCCUGGCAGAUUUCAUGCUGGUGUGGCUGCCAGCGCCCACCUACGCACUCUCCACAAAGCAGGCGGCCAAGUUUGACCUGUUUGGCCGCGUGUUUGCGGGCGUCCCAGAGAACGCGUUCCAGAAGGUGCAGCCCGGCAUGGCGCCCUUCACCCUUGGCCAGCGCUUCCUGGCCCCAGUGCGCAACGGGAUGAAGCUCUUCGGCGUCGGCGUCGGCGCCAGUCUCUCCCCCCUGCGCCCACACCAACCCCUCCCCUGGCUCGCCCCGCACGCGCGCGUGCGCCCCUCCCUGCCACCCCCUCCCCCCCCUGCAGCUUCAUCGGCGUGUUUGUGA